UCCCUGGAUGCGGCCACCUCCAGCUGAUCCUUAACCUUUGUCCCUUCCGUUGUCUUCCACUUGCAGGGCGUCCGAAUUCCUGCCCUUGGCUCCUUUGAAGUUGUCCCCAAAUGGGUCAAGGAUGGGGAUGAGACCGUGGUUUUCCUGAUGCCCACAUUCCACCUGGCCAGGAACCUCAUCGUCACCCACAACCUCACGGACGACAAGGAGUACCUGCCAGGGCAUAAGGAGCUGGAGCCCCUCAGAGUGGCUGAGGUGGCCGCCAGCAUCUGCAUGUCCCAGCAGAGAGUGGAGAAGUGCAUCCAGGGCACCACGACCCUGAUCUCUUGCUGCCUGGGGAAGGGGGAGAACAUCGCCCUUGUCCUCAAAGACAUCGGCGUGCUCCUCAUUGAAGGCACAAGAGUCCAAAUGAAAUUUUAUUAUGAAUUCCUGGAGAUGUGA